AUGGACUCUACAGAAGAGCCGCCAUUCCCAUUGCCGCGCAGGCUCAAUGGACGCCUAGCAGCGUGCGAUCCGUGUAGGCUGCGAAAGGUCGCCUGCGAUCAUACCCGUCCCAUCUGCAACCGAUGUCGGAGGAGGGCCAGCGGCUCAGAAUGUGUCUAUUCAGAGCCCGAUCCCAGGACGCGGCCGCUCAAGCCUCCGCGUCGACCAGCGCCCAAUGCUUCACCUCUGCAGCCUUCGGGCAGUGAUUUUGCGGAAAGGAGUCCCCAGGAGAGGCCACUGUCGUGGUCCAGUCAGUCUGGGUCCAACACGCCCACCCACGACCGUGGCUAUCUGGGAGCUACUAGCUUCGGCGCUGUCUUUGAGGAGGCUAGAAACAGCCUGUCGCUGCUCAGCGCGCUUGACUUGAAUCAGACUCAGGUUGAGUCCAGGAGGGAUGAAGGCAGUGUAUUUUCCCGCGAACUGACGCCGCCGCUGCAAGAAAUGUGUCUCUAUGUGCUCCGCUGUCUGGCAGACCAUCUCAGUGAGGACUGCGAACAACCUGACGAUUCAUCGAGCGACCAUCAUGGCUGGGAAGAUGAAGCCGUGGAUAGGAUAAUCAAUUCGCUCCGGCUGGCAUUCGCGCACAGCCGCGACCAAGGAGAAAAGGGGCUGAAACUGAUUGCCGAGAAGAUAUCCCACAACACGGAACGACCUCUACGAGACGACGUUUCCACCACAGAGGAUUGGCUACGCCAGUUUUGUGGUGAAAACCUUAGAUGGGAAUCUCUCGGUCUCCUGUGGGCGUACUUGCAGCGAAUAUCGGAUAUACUGCACUCCAUUACCUGCCAUCGAUUCGAUUGGCUUGCUGCAAAGUACUCGGCCAAGACAGGCCGGACCUGUCUUGACUACUGUGUCACCAUAUCGCGUCACCUCGCCGAGCAAAACACCCUGUUGCUCGAUGUCGCCCGCCGCAAAGCGACCUUGGAGUCUAUUAUUUGUGGCGAAGCGCGUGUACCAAGUUAUGUCGCUUUUGGAAUUGUGGUGACAAUGAUGACCUUUUUAGGACUUCACGUGCAACAGAACGAUCCCCUUUAUAGGCCAACCCUAUGUUCUGAGCUACGUAGGCGCAUCUUUGCUCAGGUGUUUGUCAGUGACAAGCUCGUGGUGUCAUUCACGGGCCGCCCGCCUCUCCUGAGCCGACGUUUCUGCACAACACCACUUCCACUAGAUAUUCGCGACGAGGACCUGGCAUCUGGCCCGGACGUCUUGGAUCGUGCUGUGGCUUCACUUGAUCAAAAUGGCUGGAACACAGAUGGUGGUUUGUAUUCGGCAACUCUCAUCCGUGCUCGAACAAUGAUUGCCUACGUCCGGGAUGAGUUGGUCGAGAUUGCCCUCAGCCAAAACACCAUCGUCUCGUUGGACCACUUGCAAGAGAUCAGAGCGCGACAAUACCAAAUGUUCUCCGAGUUCCCCAAGAGCCUGAUGUAUCAGCAUGAGGAGCUCAUCGACCCAGAUGUCGAUGUUCGCAAGGUCUAUGUCAAGGUCCUUCUCCACCUAGAACAUCUGAAGAAUAUUUUCUUUGCUGAAAGAUUACUGCUCCUGCACGGCCAUGUUGAUAGCAGUGAUAUAAUAGUAACGAGUUUUGCUAUGCUUAAGAUGGUGCUUCUUUUCUGGACGCACCGGGAAAGAUUCUCGCUUCCCUCGAUACGUCGAGAGUUUGACUGGGAUGUUCUCGUGUAUGGAGCACCGGCUGCUGGAAUUCUCUGCUUGGAGUUACUUCGCCCAACCGUUCCUCGACUUCAUCCGAAAAAUAAUGAGGUGAGCCGUUCCAACAUCAUACAACAACUGAGUCUUCUAGUUGCUUUAUUGGAUUGGGUCAACCCUUCAGCUCCGAAUCGAGAUCUCUGCGUUGACAGUCGCACAAUCAUUCAACGGGUGCUCGAUCAUCAUCUCAACUUUGGGACGGAUGUGACAAGUAUGGGGCACACUCCAAUGGAUUGGGGGCCAGUGUCGGUGCCGGAUUUCAGUUUUGACCUUAUCAACACAUUUGAUUGGGUGCGAUCGGGUAUGCAGUGA